AUGGCGACUACAACUUCUAGGAAUUCAUCCGACGCGGACCAUCUGUGUGUCUUGGUUCACGGACUCUGGGGCAACCCGUCGCAUUUGGACUAUGUGGCCUCCGAACUGAAGAAACGACACGGCGAGGAUCACCUCCACGUGCUCUGCGCCAAAGGAAAUAGCGGCAACUUGACAUAUGAUGGAAUCGAGACUGGUGGAGAGCGCCUGGCGCACGAGAUCGAACAGACGCUGGACGACCUUUCCUCCAAGGGCCAAGAGAUCAAAAAGCUCAGCGUGGUCGGCUACUCUCUCGGAGGCUUGGUGGCGCGCUAUGCGAUCGGCUUGCUGCAUGCCCGCGGCUGGUUGGACAAAUUGGAGCCCGUGAACUUUACGACUUUUGCAUCACCGCAUGUUGGUGUGCGGAUGCCGCUCAAGGGAAUCACUAACACGGUUUUUAAUGUCAUGGGUCCGAGGACGAUCUCUGUAUCCGGACACCAGUUGUUCCUGGUCGAUUCCUUCCGCGACACGGGCCGGCCGCUGCUCAGCGUUCUGGCCGACCCGGAAAGUAUCUUCAUCAAGGGUCUGGCGAAGUUUCAACAUCGCGCUGUCUACGCAAAUAUUCGCAACGACCGCUCUGUUAUUUUCUACACGGCUGCACUAUCCACGGUAGAUCCAUUCCGGGAUUUGGAGAGCAUGAAUAUCAACUAUGUCGAGGGUUAUGAGCAAGUGAUCAUCGACCCGGAUGUCCAUGUCCUGCCGCCCGCAAAGAAGGAGCCGGAAAGCCUAAUGUCUCGGAUAUGGAAUCGGACCAAAUCGUUGCUCAUUUGGAUACCUUUGUCCACGCUCAUUCUACUUCUUCUGCCACUUGCCUUGACUAUCUUCUUGAUCAAUGCCCUUAUCCAGACAUUCCGCAGUCAGCAACGGAUCCGACGCCACGGAGAAGGGAAGAAUGGCGUGCUUUUUGGACCAUACAAAGUUCCCGUGCUGGUCCAGAAUGUCCAACACGCCGUGGAGGAAGUAUUUGAGAAUGUCAACGCUCGUCAAGAACCUGCCUAUCAAGCAGCCGAGAAAACAACAUUGCAUGGUCCGAGGCCAGGCAGCUCUGCGCAAUCAAACACGGAUACUGCCUCUGCCAGCGCUAGUGUUGACGGUUCUACGAUCUGCCCGCCUCCCACACUUGCAUUAACCGCCGAACAGUUUGAGAUCAUUGAGUCACUCAACACUGUGGGAUUCCGCAAAUACCCAGUGCAUAUCCACAAACACCGACACACUCACGCAGCCAUCAUUUUCCGGAUACCCAAGGAUGGACAUGCAGAGGGCAAACUUGUCAUAAAGCACUGGUUGGAUAAUGAGUUCGUUGUAUAA